AUGGGCAAGACUUCAUACGCUCCCUCCACCUUCUCCGAGACCUCUACCGUCUACUCUUUCGAGAAGGAAUCCUUUGAAAAAGAAUCCGCGCCAGUGUCAGUCUCCGUCGUGACAGCCCCCGUCAAGGAGCGCCGUUCCUUGAGAUCAAGAGUCAAGAGAGCCCUUCGCGAAGUCGGAAACCCGCCCACCUACCGCUACGACCUCGAGCACGGCAUCGAGACCCGGAGGACGGUGCCCGUCGGCCCCAUGGGCUUCAACGUCCUCAACCAGCCCUCGCGCAUGUAA